CAGCUCUCUGCUCGCGGCAUUCAUCUUUCCUCUUUCUCUCACCGCGAUGUCUAAUUAAAAUGCAGAAAAUUAUAAAAUAACGCAGCUGUCAAAAACAAAUUUAUAGCAGGGCUACGUUCCAAAAUGUUUUUGAACUAAAAAUUUGUCGUAAUAAUAUGUGAACUUUCGACCGGAAGCGCGCCAGGCGACACCUGCUCGGACAAAACAGGAAACGACCGGUGGUUUGAAAUCUAACGUUCUUUUAAAUCUCCCUUUGGUGGGCCUGUUGGAGUAGCAUCGCAUUCAUUUAAACCACGCUAUCGCCUCGCAGUCCUUUCGGAGGAUAUUCACGCUAAAUUGGCAGAUCGAUCGACGCGUAUCCCGGACGGAUCGGUGGAAGCUGAGCAGCAGAGUCGACGGAGGUGGUGUUCCAACUGAUUGUUUCUCCAGCGCGUGUGUGUUAUCGCUCGACGAUUCGGCGUCGGCCGACGUGCCCGACGCUCGUCGCCGUGGUUGUCGUCGAUUCCCGCUGACGUUACCCUUCAGGACUUCUCCAUCGUCACCGCUCGUACGCUCAACGGUGUUCGCUCGUCAUGUCGCAUCUGAGAUUCAUGAAGGAACUCGACAAUCUGACCCGCAUGGACGACGCUAUCAAAGGCGCGGUCCCGCGUUGGCAGAAGAAAUGCAUGGAAACGUCAAAUUUGAGCGCUAAUCUCAGUAUUAACACGUCGAAGAAAGCUACCUCCUUUAGCAGCAGCACUACAUCUGGAAAGACCCCGACGAAGAGGAACGACUGCAAGACCAAGAAAACUCCAGCUAAAAGCACCAAGAAGUCUCCAAGUCGAGCCACUACCCCAGCCAAGACACCCAGCGGUGGUGACAGAUUCAUUCCAUCGAGAGCCACGACCAAUUUCGAAUUGAGCCACUUCAAGAUUCUUCAGCAACAGAACGCCGAGCAAGACAGAGCUGACAAAACGAGCCCUGUUAAGCGCGAGAUGCAGCGUCUCAUCGGGGAGAAUCUUUACGGCGGUGAUAUAAACAACGCGCGAGUUUUAUCUUAUCAGAUCAAGGCACCGGCGCCGCCGGAGGGGUAUCAGAAUCCUCUCAAGGUCCUGUACAGCCAAACGAAGACGCCGGCCAGCGUUAGAGCUUCUACGAGACACAUACCACAGGCCCCUGAUAGAAUACUGGACGCGCCUGAAAUCAUCGACGAUUAUUAUCUGAACUUGGUGGACUGGUCGAACGAUAACAUCUUGGCCGUGGCGUUAGGCGCUAACGUUUAUUUGUGGAACGCUGGAACUGGUACCAUAGAGCAGUUAUUCGAAUUGGAGGCAAACGAUUAUGUGUGUUCAGUUGCAUGGAUUCAGGAAGGCCCGUAUUUAGCAGUGGGUACCACGGUGGGAAAUACAGAAUUGUGGGAUUGCAGUCAGAUGAAGAGAGUGCGCGUUAUGAACGGACACGCAGCUAGAGUUGGUUCUCUCGCGUGGAAUUCCCAUAUACUGUCGAGCGGCUGCAGAUCCGGUAAAAUAGUGCAUCACGAUGUGAGGGACCGUGAUCACUUGAUCUCGACUAUAAACGCACACGCUCAAGAAGUGUGCGGCUUGAAAUGGUCGCCCGACGGGCAGUAUCUGGCGAGUGGUGGCAACGACAACAUGCUGCAAAUCUGGUCGUCGAUCGCCGGACAGAGGCACUCUCAUACGCAGCCGGUUUAUUCGUUCAAUCAGCAUCAAGCCGCCGUGAAAGCGCUCGAUUGGUGCCCCUGGCAAAACAACGUGCUCGCGAGCGGCGGCGGUACCGCCGAUCGUACCAUUAGGUUUUGGAAUUGCAACACAGGUGCCUGUUUGAAUACGAUAGAUACGAAGUCUCAGGUCUGCGCUUUGCUGUGGUCUACGAAUUACAAAGAGAUCGUUUCUGGACACGGAUACGCGCAAAAUCAAGUGACAAUCUGGAAGUACCCGAUGAUGACGAAGGUCGCGGAACUUACCGGGCACACCAGUCGCGUCUUGCAUUUAGCCAUGUCCCCGGAUGGUACUACGGUGCUUAGCUCUGGUGCCGAUGAAACGUUACGGCUGUGGAAAUGCUUCCAAAUGGACCCACAAAAGAAGAAAGAAUCCAACGACGUAAAAUCGGUCGCGUCUAGGCUCAAACAAUCGAUUCGAUAAAAUCGACAUGUUAUACAUGUUGUUUAGUAAGCAUUUUUGUAUUUAUUUUCCUAAAUGAUUGUACGCGAUCGGUAUAUAAAUAGAAAUAAUAUAUAUAUAUAUAUAUGACACAUGGUCGAAUAUCGUCGAACAUAGAAACAUUGACGUAUCGAAUCAAUUGAUUGAUCUAUAUUUUAUAUAAAAGCAAGAAAAAAAAAUUCAAAAAUAAAUAAUAUCAACAGAUACGGGGUUGCAUUUGGGAUUUAUGCUUGUGGAGAAAAUGUGUGUAGAUAUAAGAAUAUGGUAAAUGUGCAGUACAGAGGUUCCCACCUCUGAUUUUCUUGUAAUUGUAAAUUUGUGUAUUUUCAAGCGUGGAAUAUAUUUUGAGAAGGAGAAGUUGGUCAAGUCCGGUUUUUUUUCCUUAUCAUUUCAAAGUUAUUUUCCUUCUCAGAAUAUAUUCUAUGCUCGAAAACAAAUUUACAGGAAAAUUGGAGAUGGGGGCGUUAUACUGUAUAUUUAUCAAGAAUAUAUUAUUGUUAAAUAAUCUUAAGUACAAACAAGCUUGCGUUAUAGUGUGUUACGUCUCUAACUUUUAUUGCACGAAAAAUUCAGGUACUAAGCAUAGGGAUCGUUUUUAAUAAUUAUAAAUGUAAGGAAUAAAUAAAUUUUUUUAAUAGUAA